AUGGCCACUCUUGCGCAUAUCAUGAUCAACACGGAGACGUUUUUCGCUGAAAUUUUCCUGUCAAAAAAGAAAACCAAGGUCGCACAGCACACGCAGACCCAGGUCGCGGAUAUGUGCGUGGCCGCGCUCGAAUUAGGGCUCAACACGGGCAAGAACCGUGGAUCGGUAACGAGCGGCUCGUGGGCCGUCCAGUCGCCCUUCGGGAAGAGACUCUGCAUCACGGUGUCCAACGAUCAGUACUUCAGUGCUACCCGGCAUACACGCACGAGGCGCCGGUGGCAAUGGGUCAGAUCUGCCACUGGAAAGAGGGCGCGGUGA